AUGGCCGAGAUUCGACGAAAGCUUGUUAUUGUCGGCGACGGCGCCUGUGGAAAGACGUGUCUGCUCAUCGUCUUCUCCAAGGGCACCUUCCCCGAGGUCUAUGUCCCCACCGUCUUCGAGAACUAUGUCGCCGACGUCGAGGUAGACGGCAAGCACGUCGAGCUCGCCCUCUGGGAUACCGCUGGCCAGGAAGAUUACGACCGUCUCCGUCCCCUCUCGUACCCCGACUCGCACGUUAUCCUCAUCUGCUUCGCCGUCGACUCGCCCGAUUCGCUCGACAACGUCCAGGAAAAGUGGAUCUCCGAGGUUCUGCACUUCUGCCAGGGCCUUCCCAUCAUCCUCGUUGGAUGCAAGAAGGACUUGCGCUUUGACCAGAAGACGAUUGAGGAGCUGCACAAGACGUCGCAGAAGCCCGUGACGCCCGAGCAGGCCGAGGAUGUCCGCAAGAAGAUUGGUGCUCAAAAGUACCUCGAGUGCUCAGCCAAGACCAACGAGGGUGUCCGAGAAGUGUUUGAGCACGCCACCCGCGCCGCUCUGUUGACCCGGAAAGAGAAGAAGACCAAGAAGUGCCUGGUUUUGUAAGCGCGGCAUUCCCUCCUACAAGGUGGUUCUCCGCCACAACCGCCCCUUGUUGAGCCUGCACAACAAGCAACAAGGUGGCGACCAUCGGGUGUGUAAUAGUCGUCUAUCCGAGAAAGAGGGCAAGACAUGAACAUGGCCGCUGAGGUCCCCACGCGAGUCGCCUCUCUCCAGGCCGCUAACAGCCCCCCCCCCC